UUGGUAUUGUAUGGGAUGGGGAUGUUGAUGCCCCUGAUUCUUCAGCUUGCCAAACUCUGCAUCAUUGGCUUUUCUUUGGUUGUUCAAGGAUCUUCAGGGCACAAUGCAUCCCCAUUUCCGGCAGAGUUUUCAAGUUUUCCGCCUACAGAAGGAACCCCUGGUGCUGUUAAAGAAAGAAGCUUUUCACCAAGCAUGCCACCUCAGCCUAACGAAUCAGAUUUACAUUCUCCUCCUGCUUUGCCACCACUAAUGCCUGUCCCGGUGCCUGAAACCACCAAAGGAGAUGCACAUUCAUCAUCGCCAAUUAAUUCAAUGGAACCAACGCCGCAUGAUACAGCUCCGCCAUCAUUCACUAUUGAGGAACGCUUAACAUCCUUGGCUCCAAGUAUUCCAGUGGUGUUGCCACCAUCUCCUCCAUCUGCGUCAACCCAAAAUACAGCUCCGCCACCAUUCCCUUUUGAAGAACAUUCACCAUCCUUUGCUCCUAGUAUUCCAGUGGUGUUGCCACCAUCUCCUUCAUCUGCGUCAACCCAAAAUACAGUUCCGCCACCAUUCCCUAUUGAAGAACAUUUACCAUCCUUGGCACCAAGUACUCCAUUGGUGUUUCCACCACCUCCGCUUGUUCGGGUACAUGCACCAUUAAAGCCGCUAACUGCUCCUCAGGAAAAGGAACCAGUUAGUAAGUCUCCUGUCUCAGUGCCAGAUGCUCCAGCUCCAGUUACUUUUCCUUCACGGACUUUGCCUCAAAAUUCACCGGAUAUCCUCCCAUUACCAGCAAUCGUUCCAUCACGGAAUUCUCCAGAAACUUCACCGGUUGUCCAUCAAACUCCAGCCACACCACCAUUGCGGAAUUCUCCACAAAAUUCCCCAGUCAUUAACUCCAGUAGGUCAAGCGCUUUUCCCCCAACUGACAACGAAGGAAAUUCAUCUAACAAGAAGGCCCCUGUUCUGAAGCCAAGUGCUACAGCUCCGGUUGCACCACGAUUGAGUAAUUCACCACAAAGUUCCCCACCCUUGCAACCCAAUAGUCCAAGAGCUUUGGCCCCAACUCCAAGUGCUAAUCAAGAAAAUUCAUCAAAUAGCAGCGCGCCUGUUAUAGAGCCGAUUGCUCCAGCUCCAGUUGCUACACCUUUGAGAAAUUCACCACCAAAACUUACACCAAUUCACUCCCAAGGGCCAAUGGCUUUACCACCACGUGCUCCGAUUCUGGAGCCCCCCGUUCCUGUUGCAUCUCCCCCAAGGAAAGUAGAAAUGACCCCACCACCUGUCCGCCCAAUUGUGCCACCGUCCCUUUCACCCAUUCCAGUUAAACUGCCGCUUGGAGAGUCACCUCGUAGCUCACCAACUGUCCACCGAAACGUGCCAGUAGGAAAUCCAUCUCCAUUACCAGACCGUGAUAUUUCUCCUGUUUCAAAUCCACGCUUGAGCAAUGGUGGAACACCCGUUAUGUCACCUUCAAACGAGAUACACAAGCCAAAGCCACCUGUGAACCAUACCCUGAAAAAUGGUUCUUCCCCAGCCAUAUCUCCUCCAGCACCAACAGCUAGGAGGAAACAUCGUAAUUCUCUUGUACCAUCCCUUGCUCCUUCAAACGAAGGGCAUAAUGCUUCACCAUUUUCACCUUCAACCUCGUUUCAUAAGCAUCAACAUAAAAUAAAUGAACGAACCAGUCCUGCUCCACCACCAUCAGACUCGAUUUCACCUCCUCCUUUGAAACAGCAAGGUCCAGUCCUCUCUCCGCCCGGAAGAAAGCAAAGACUCUUUGCUCCCCCAGUGUCCCCAUCCGUUUCCUUCAUUCCUCCACCACGAGGCACUGUUUCUCCUGUUCCAUCACCAUCUCGAGUGGCUGCAUCUAGGCAGACCAAAAAGCCUCAUAUUUCCCCAAAAGUUUCCCCGUCCGUCUCCCCGCCAAGGAGUCCCAAGGUGGCACCACCACUGCCACGAGUUAUGUCAUUUCCACCUCCACCUCCCAAUGAAGAUUGUUCAACAACUAUUUGCACGGAUCCUUAUACAAAUACACCUCCUGGAUCACCUUGUGGCUGUGUCUUGCCAAUGCAAGUUGGAUUACGCCUAAGUGUUGCACUAUAUACUUUCUUCCCUUUGGUUUCCGAGUUGGCUGGAGAAAUUGCUGCUGGUGUUCUUAUGAAAUCAAGUCAAGUCCGCAUCAUGGGUGCUAAUGCUGCUAGUGAGCAACCAGAGAAGACGAUUGUCCUUAUUGACUUGGUACCGCUUGGUGAAAUAUUUGAUAACACAACAGCCUUUAUAACUUAUGACAGAUUUUGGCAUAAAAAAGUUGCUAUAAAAACUUCAUUAUUCGGGGAUUAUGAAGUACUAUAUGUGCGCUAUCUUGGCUUGCCUCCUUCUCCACCUUUGCCCCCUGAUGCUGGUAUGAUUGAUAGCGGACCAUAUCCGGGUAAUGACAACAAUGCAAGGGCUAUAAAGCCCCUCGGUGUUGAUGUGCAUGGGAAGCGGCAAAAAAAUGUGCUUAGUGGGGGUGUGAUCGCUAUAAUUGUUCUGUCCGUUUUGGUGUUUGUGGUGUUAUGUUCUGCCUUUGCAUGGGUUUUGCUUUUCAAACAUAGGGAUCAAGCUAGCCAUCGAACAACAACUCCACAGCAUCCGCUAACAUCUCAUGCCAAACCUUCAGGUUCGGCUAGGUCAAUGGUUGGAAGCGGUCUAAGUUCCAUGUCACUUUCAUUUGGUUCUAGCAUUGCACCCUAUACGGGAUCCGCUAAGACCUUCACUGCAAGUGAAAUAGAAAGAGCUGCUGACAAUUUUGAUGAUUCAAGAAUACUUGGGGAAGGUGGAUUUGGUCGUGUUUACAGCGGUGUUCUUGACGACGGGACUAAAGUGGCAGUCAAAGUUCUGAAGAGAGAUGAUCAACAAGGUGGCAGGGAAUUCUUGGCUGAGGUAGAGAUGCUUAGCCGACUUCACCACAGAAACUUGGUGAAGUUGAUUGGAAUUUGCACCGAGGAGCGCAACCGCUGCUUGGUUUAUGAACUCAUUCCAAACGGCAGUGUUGAAUCUCACUUGCAUGGAGUUGACAAAGAAUCCGCACCACUCGACUGGGAUGCUCGGAUAAAGAUAGCUCUAGGUGCUGCUCGUGGAUUAGCUUAUCUCCAUGAAGAUUCAAGCCCUCGUGUCAUACACCGGGAUUUCAAGUCGAGCAACAUUUUGUUGGAGCAUGAUUUCACACCAAAAGUAUCCGACUUUGGUUUGGCUCGAACUGCCAUGGAUGAGGAAGGCAGGCACAUAUCAACACGCGUCAUGGGAACUUUUGGAUAUGUGGCUCCUGAGUAUGCAAUGACUGGCCAUCUUCUUGUGAAAAGUGAUGUUUAUAGCUAUGGUGUAGUCCUUCUCGAGCUUCUGACAGGGCGGAAACCCGUAGAUAUGACACAGCCGCCUGGUCAGGAGAAUUUAGUUGCAUGGGCUCGUCCGCUUCUUGCAACCAAAGAAGGCUUAGAAACAAUUAUCGAUCCAUCUCUAGGCUCUGAUGUAGCUUUCCAGAGUGUGGCGAAGGUAGCAGCGAUUGCUUCGAUGUGUGUUCAACCAGAGGUAUCACACCGACCUUUUAUGGGUGAGGUUGUGCAGGCUUUAAAAUUAGUAUGUAAUGAAUGUGACGAGGCAAAAGAAGUGGAAGGCUCAAGAGGUUCCAGUCGAGACGAUUUCUCCAUCGACAUGGAUGGAAAAGUCAGUACUGGCUCAGGACGGUUGAGUGAACCAUUGCAAAGCCAUUAUUCCAUUUCCAAUUAUGUCUCAGGUCUUGAUACCGAGAGAGGACUAUCGGUUUCAGAUUUGUUCAGUUCAUCGACAAGAUUCGGGAGGCAGUCAUCCGAGUCAUUCAGGAGGCAUGGUAGUUCGGGUCCAUUGAGAACGGGGAGGGGCAGUCGUUUCUGGCAAAAGAUGCAAAGAUUAUCUCGUGGCAGCAUCAGUGAACAUGGCGUUAUGAUGCGGUUCUGGACAGGUUCGCAUUAAAAACCCAUUCUUCCAUGCAUGUACAUGAAUAGCAACCGACGACACGCCGUCGAAAAUGUCGUGCUGGUUUUGGAACUGGGAAAUGAACAUGGAAACUCUCGAUGAUUACAAAAAUGUGCGGCGAGAUUCUUAAUCCGAAACCGGAGGAGCUUUCAUCGGCUGCACGAUGAGCAUAGGGCGGAUUAUUCAUUUUUGUAUAAAGGAAGAGUUUCAUGAUCCACACACCACAAGUUGUAUAGUUGGGGUUGUGUGUGUUUCACAAUAAGGAAUUUUCAGAAUCUUUCU